AGGAUUUGUGCUUGGGGAGCAACCACAGCCUGUCUCGUCACGUGACUCGUCCUCAGCGCUAACUUCGACCACUCCAGCCAACAGUGUCUGCACACACCACCUGCUUUCUCUCACCUCAGCCUAAUGCAAAUCAACAAUCACAAUAAACAUUAAAUCCAUGCACUAUUUAAUUACCAGAUAAACAACACAAAAAGUUUCUUUUAAUGAGCUAAAAUAAAUUAUGGACCCCACAAUUAGAAAAUUAUUAACUGCUGGUCAAGCUGAAAUUAUAAGGUCGUCACAGAAAGAUUCAGAGUUUAUUAAACAUUUAAAUUCUGACUUGCAAGAAGUUAUUCAUUCCAUUUUUGGUCAAAGGGUUAGUCAAUCAUGGAACAAUGUGUGUUUAAGAUUGUCAACGUUAGCCUAUCAUUCCCUUACAAAUUUAUGUGGUUUACAAACUCUUGGAGAGGAAUAUUGUGGAAUUCUUCAAGUGGACGAGCUCGGGAGUCAAAUACCUGGGAAAAUUAGAGUCGGGAGUAUGAUUUUCUUUGAAACAUUUGGGUACUCAACUGUAAAAUUCGUCUCAAACUUGUUGGAGAAAUAUCUAUCAAAAUCCUCGACGUCUAGUAAUAGUGUAGCUGGUCACAUGCAAAUCGAUAUCCAGCCUAAAAAUAAAGAUUGGUCCUCUUUCUUGGAAACCGGAAAUGAACUUCUUCAAGUUUUUAAGCACUAUUUGCCGUUCUUUAUACAACUACAUCUUGCACUUUUCUACUUUCAAGGAACAUUCUACCAUUUUUCAAAAAGAGUGUUGGGCAUCCAUUAUCUCCUUGUAAGAAAAUCAUUUGCCAACCAAGAUGAUAGUAGUAGGCGCACCCUCAAAUACCUAAUGGUUAUUAGUCUAGUUAACUCCUUCCUAACUUGUAUAAAUGAUUCCAUCUCGUUUUUUAAAAGUAAAAAAACUAAACUAGAAGCAGAGUCAUCAUUAAACAACGUUAGACAAGUUAAGCCAUCAUCUGAAUCCGAGACUGAAAUCGACAUAUCUAAACGUUGCACUUUAUGCCUUGAAAAGCGGACCUAUUCUAGUGUGACUCCUUGUGGUCACCUAUUCUGCUGGGAAUGCAUCAUUGAUUGGACACGAAGUAAACAAGAGUGUCCUAUCUGUCGGGACCCAUUGCCUACUAAUCGUAUUGUUCCUCUGCAAAAUUACAUCUAGUUACACUACACCACAUCAUUGUUCUAGUCCAAUAUGCCAAAAACCUUCAACGAGAUCAAAUAUAUGUAUAUUUUUAAUACACACUCUAGUAAAGAAA